AUCUGCGUAUCUUUAUUUCGCGUAAAAUACUAAAGCGCUCCGUAAUUUUUACUAUUCUCUGUGUUGUGCUUCCGUGAACGAAGAAACGAAAAAUUUCUCUUGAAAGUAUGCAAUACCUCAUCAGUUGGAAUAUUUGUCUUUUCAUGAUAACCACCUCCGUGGUUAGUCAGAUAGAUGUAGACUCCUUGAUACCUCCUGAAGAGGAUUUGGAAUGUAGAGAAAGAGUUUAUACAUUCCAAGUCACUCAGACAGAUGAGAAUGGCAAGCAAUGCUGGGACGCCUUAUCAACCGUUGCUUGUUGGGGUAGAUGCGAUUCUAACGAGAUUUCUGAUUGGCGGUUCCCCUUCAAAAAGUCAAACCAUCCAGUCUGCAUCCAUUAUGGAAGAAACAGAAAUGUGGUAACCUUGAGGCACUGCGAGGAAGGGGCUCUUCCUGAGGCUGCCCGUUACGAGUAUCUGGAAGCUGCUGGUUGCAAAUGUCAGAUAUGUUCUUCUUCAGAUACGAGCUGCGAAGGUCUGAGGUACAGGCCUCAGAGGUCACACCCACAGUCCUUAGGCUUCCAGUUGAUUUAAACGAAUUCUUUACAUUACCAUGUGGAAUUUAAUUUUACAUUUUAUUGUAAAGCUGAUGUAUUUUAUGUGAAUAAAGAUUUUGACUUUGUUUUUCGAUUAUUA